AAGCUCUGUUGCCACGCACACGCACACGCACACGCUCACACUGUCAAUGGGCUGUUUGAGAAGGACCUCAAUCCACGGACAAGGAAGAAGCAAGAAGAAGUAGCUCAAGUGGAUUUUGUGAGUCUUUUUGUGUGUUGUGAGACGAUCAAUAGGACACUUAAGCCCACGUCCGUCCACUUGUGGGCAAUGUUUGCAGAGGGAUGAUCCCAAUCAUCGUGAUGAUGGAGACAAGUCCGCAUUUGAUGGCUUUCUGCCGUUUUUGAACUUCACUUUGGAUCCACUUUGGAUGCUGUGUGUCACCUACUUGGAUUACAUCUUUCAAAUACCUGGUAAUUCGUCCUCAUGGGAUCCUAACCGAGUCCUGUUCCACGACUGUGCCGACCUCCUCUAACCCCCGUAACCUCGGGGACCAGGCUGGGAUGGGAGAGGCCACCCCGGCUCAGUCCACCACCGGCGCCUUCGCUCCCAUGCUGGGUGUCGGUUUGAGCUCCAUCGGCGCGGGACCGAUGGGGCACGGCCCCUCCAGAGGCUCCGCGGUGCCGCAGCUGCACAGCGCCAUCGUGGAGCGGCUGCGCGCCCGCAUCGAGCUCUGCCGGCGGCACCACUCCACCUGUGAGGACCGCUACCAGAGGGGCCAGGUCGAGAGCUCGGACCGGGAGCACGAGAGCACGCUUCACCUGCUCAACGUCGUCCAACAGGGACCGGGGAACCGUAAGAGCAAGGGCAGUCGCGCUUCCGGCCAGCAGCCUCCGGAGUACGGCGGCAGGGCCAACGGGGGCCAGAGGGUCCUGGAGGGGGACCAGAAGAUGUCCACACGCAUGGCGCUUCAAGGGUCUUUGCGGAGGAAGAUGGAGGGACAUGUGCCUAAGCAGAACUCCUGCGCUUUCUCCACUUCUGAUUUCAAGCGAGUCCGUGUAGAAGCUGGUGGAAUGGGGCGAGCCCAGGGCAACCACAACUUAGGCCAUGCCCACUCUUUGCAAGCCUCGUCGGCCAUGGCGGUGCACAGGAAGAACUACAUGAUGCCGCACGCUGUGGCCUCUGACGUCUUCAGCAUGACCUUGAAGGAAAUGAAGAAAGAACCAGUGGAGGUCCAGUCAUGCGGGCGUUCCCAUGCGGAGAUGAUUUUUGAUUUCAAAGAGGAAGGUCAGAUCGACCCGGAGCUCCAGGAUCUUUUUGACGAGCUGACCAAGUCGGUGCCUCCUCUCAACGACCUGGAGUUUGAGAAGAUGCUGAAGCAGGAUGACACUUUUGGUUUGGAUCCGGGGCGACCCAGCUCAGCGGGAGCAGUGGCCAGCAUGUGCUCCCCCCUGGAGAAGACCAUCAAGAUGGAGCACUCUCCAGAUUACGGUCAGGUCCACGGUGGCUCUUCGCAGCUCCGGCCGGCCUCAGCGGGCCCGUCGUUUACAAUGACCACCUCUUGCACUGCUUCCACCACCACCACACAGAAGGUUAACACUCAGGUGGGGCCCCCCAGGUCCAUGCCCUGUUGGCCCGAGAUCUCCCAUGCGGAGCAGCUGAAGCAGAUGGCGGCCAACCAGCACCAGCCCAGCUUGCUACUCCACCACCAUCACCACCACACAUUGCCCGCGGGACUGGCAAGUUGGGCGCCCACCAUGAGCACACACUCCUCCACCAGCACCUUCCCCCAGGACAAAGGGACCAGGCCAAGACUACCUCCGCAGACCAAAGGUGUCAACAAUGGCCUUUUCAAGACCAACGGCCAUCACGUGGAGAUGAAGGCACUCGCCGCCAAACCCAGGGGGCACUUCACCCCCAAUGCCACCUCGGAUCACGGGAUGCCCUUGGUGGCUAGCUCAGGCAACAAGACAUCCAACCAGCAGGAUUCCCCUCCUGACGCCCAAAACCAUCAGCCACUCCACUUCCAGAAUCACCAGACCGCCACGACACUCCAGCAUGGCGGAGCACUGCCCUUCAGGUUGGGCCAACAGCACCAGGGUGUCCCUCCUGGGCCCAGGAUGCCUGCAAACGGAAGCGUUGGACAGCUGCGACCCCCAGCGCCCACCCACCCUCUUAAAGGCCCGGCCAAAUCCCCCACCAUGCAGAGACACCAUGCAGACAAAGACAACACACAGGAUCAGUUCAGUCGUCAUCUCACCAGGCCACCACCGGAUUAUAAAAGAAGUGUGGUGGGCGGGAACGUCUUCCCAGGUCCAACCUCGUCCCAGUCCUCCAGUGCUGAGAAGGACCUCCGGUGCCACCUUCAGGGUGAGAUGAGCUUGUCGCCGUCAGACCACAGGUUCGAGGGUCAUUCCGCCCCUUGCAUCGGACAGUUCUCACAGCACAACAACCAGAACCGAAUAUCCCCAAACAAGCCCAGAUUUCUGAGUCCAAACACGCAAGGGAGUUCAUUCGGGAUGAACAACGUAGCGGGUGGCCAACACCCGAGAACGACAGCUGACUCUCAUUCUCCGGGGGUAGCAGGGCAGGGCCUGGGGGGCACCAUGACCAACAUGGGCUGGUGCUCGUCCGGCAAGACCGGGACCACCGGACUAAGACGGCAAGCUCAGUUGGAACCUCCAAAGCAUCAGUACCUACAAAGACCCCUAGGACCUCCCAACCAUGUCGCACCGGACAUCAGGAUGCUACCGAUGAACCCGUCUGUUAGAGACGCAGGUUCCAGACUCAUGCAGCCAGCGAUCGGCUCCCCGUCCGCACCAAAUCUGAACCAGUCCUCUCCAGAACAGCGGGUGCCGGUGGGAAACUUCCCAGAGGCCGCGUGUAGCAGCUACCACAGCGGGCGCCCCAACCACGUGACCUUUGACUUCCUCCCCGAAGGAGACAACAUGGUUCCGGGGAUAAACACGGACUCGGACUUCAUAGAUUCCCUGCUCAAGUCAGGCUCGGGGAACGACGACUGGAUGAAAGAUAUCAACCUGGAUGAGAUUCUGGGGAACCACACUUGAAGCAUGAUGGACGUGGCGUGCGUGUGAAACGUGCUGAUGCUCGGUUUGCCAUCUUUACGUCAAUGUUGUGUUUACUGUGAAAGAAUUCAUGUACAUCAACACAAAACCAACUGGCACUGUGAACACGCUGCUGUGCUGUUGCAUUCACUGUCCAGCCUCAUUCUUUUCCUCCACAUGUCUUUUUCCAUAUGAGCUUCUUUUUAUGAUUUUAAAAAUGUGACUUUUCUGUGCAAUUGAACAAAUAUUGGGAUAUUAGCAAGACAAUAUAAUACGAUAAAUAAAAUGAUGACAUUGUUUUGCCAAUGCAGUUAUUCCUCUCCUUUUCCUAUUCCAAGAUUUAAAUGUGUUUAAGCGUGUGCUAUUUUUAGGCUGUGCUUGUCAUGUGACAGUCAUGUGACUAUUCCAGGAUAUGUUCCCAAAAUGGCAGCGAGUCAGAUAAGCUAGCUCAUUCCAAAAUCUUAUUUUUUGUCAAGACUGACGCGACGUAUUUGUCAUAAUCAUUAAUAAGACAACAGAUGUCACUCUUUCAAUCAAAUAUAUAAUUAAGAUAAUACAUCUUUGGCGUAAAUACGUUUUUUUUAACGUUUUUAUGUUCUUUAUGCUGCAUGGGUUUACGGUUAAAUCCGGAAGUGGUUGAACGAGUUUCUUGCUACCACUAGAGGACGCCAAAUAGCCACGUCACAUAAUGACUUGGCCCAACGGCGGUAAGCGGCGGUAAGUACACAUUUAUAUAUCGUCCUAAUUAUCCUUAACCUUCACCAAUGUAACCAGAUAUAAAAAUAUUAACUGCUAAUCAUUUGUAUGAAAUAUUAACAUGAAAUAUUUCAAUUCAUUCUAAUUCUCACUUUUCCUGAAAGUACCAUUUUUACAUUUUACAUGUUUUCCUGUUUUUUUCUGUUGAUAUUUAUAUUAGCUUGGAUAUACUGUGUAAAUCAUCCCGCUACCUCAGUAGUUUAAAAUAUAUCCAAACAUUACUUCAUCCAUUAUUGAAAUGAGUAUCGAUAAGAAUCAGACAUGACGUCAUAGAUGAAUGGAUUGCGGAGAUACCAGCAACCACCGUUUGGCCCGUCACGUCACGCAUGCGCCGUAGCUUAGCAUGAUUGACUAGAAUGCGUGUAAAUAGCAUUAGCAACAUUAGCAAGUCACUAGGGAAGAUUUUCAACACCUCAGCAAAACAUGGGCACAACAGAGCCAUGUCAUUGAUCUUAUUGAUGAUGUGUUGCGUAACACUAAGACAGGAAGAACAUCAAAUUAAAAGCACAAGGAGCCACCAUCCACCAGUACCAGCCUGGACAUUAAACUCGUGGACAUGACAUUUUUUUACAUGAUUAUCCAAUUUCAGAUCAAUAUUUGCAAAAAGUAAGUGACAUUAUUAGUGUGCAACAAAAGAAUCAACAUUUUACCACAAAGUAUAUACUUUAUUUCAAGCCAAUUUCAGAGUUUUUGAUAUGAAGGGAUAUAUAUUUAUAUAAUGUAACAGAUUGUAUGGUUCUAAAACAUGCACAUAUCUAUAAAAAAAAGACACAAUGAACAGAUCAUCGCUGAAUAUAAAUUCAUUCCAUGUGCAUUUAGAAAAACUAAAUACAAAAUUGGGUGUGAUUAGUUCUACGGCUACAAUGACGGUCAACAGCUAAUGUGCUCCGCUAAACAAGCAUUAAAAUUAGCUUUUUGUGACAAAAAAAAAAUGCCGUGCAAUACAAGCACUGUAGUGUACCACUCUUGUUUGUCACCAACACUGUUCAAAGUCAUCAGCACAUCAAUCUAAAAAGGAGCUUUCUCACAAACAAUAUAGAAUAUAGGAAAAAAAAACUGUUCCAUCAAGUUAAUGCUACCAAAAGAUACUGAAGUUAGCGUUCAAAUCAUCUCGCCCGACCAUGAGGGUCUGCUGCGGGCCGACAUCACGUGGCGUGAACAUCAUUCCCAAAUAAAACCGUGAGAGAUCUGCGCCAUGAUGAAAUCUUUUCAAAUCACAUACUUCUCUGCUCUAAAACCUGGUCCAAGGAGGAGAAAAAGAAGACGUGGCUCUCCUGGUAUCACCACCCAUCACCACUUUGUUCCUCGCUAGCUUAUACUUUGAUCACACAAGAAAUCACACCUUCUUUCCUGGACUGUCAAACUGGAAGUCAAAAAAAAAAAAAAAGUACAAUCUUUGGAAUCUGCCACAACAAGUCCUGAUGAUAUAACAAGUGAUUGUUUCUUCAUUCAUCCUCACAAAAAGAAAGAAAAACUCCAAAGUGUCCAACCUUGGCCCGUCCACAAACAUGCUUCAACACGUCCAAGCUGUCCUCAAACGUCUCAGGAAGACUCAUGGGCUAUCCACGCGGGAACGUUUUCAAGUAUUUAUCCUUUCAGCUAGGGAUGCUCUAAUCUGUCGGCACAUUUUGAUGGCAUGUGGUGCCGAUAAACGCCUUCCAAGGCAAUCUCCCAUUUUCCCAUGGGGAACUUACCUACCAACGCAUGCCAUGAAGAACAUGUGAUGGGGGUUAGAAAGCUUUCAUUGAAUACGGCUAACAAUGUGAUCAUCAGUCAAAAACGAUGAACAACACUCGCCCGUAAGUGCGGGGCAGUCAUAAGGCAAAGCUAAUAGAGAUGAGCAGCAAUGGAAGACAUCGAGUUCAUCUAUUGCUUUCUUCCUUGGAGCCCACCUACGUGCUCCCUGGAAGUCCUGCUGGAGCUCCACCGGACUCUCCUUGAAGAAGAGUAUCUCCAAAAUUAACACUCAUCAAUAAUAAACUUGAAGUGAUCGGUGGCGGCCCAUUUCUCUUACGGAUUAAUCGGCAUCAGAAAACCUUGAUGGGAGCAUCCCUACUUCAUCCUUCCUUUCAUCCACACGGAAACAGCGCUCCGGUGCCCUGAAAUGCUAUUUUCCAGAGUGGGACAACCAGAUAUGUAUCCGCCAUGUAGACAACAAGCAAACCGCAACUUUCAAAAACGAUGACAUCACCCCCCCAUCGCCAUCACGUGACCAGAAGCUGACGUCAUUUCUGAAUAUUUCCACUGACAUGACUCACUGCAGUCAACAUUCUCCUGAUAUUUUAUCUUGGGCCCCAGUCCACACGGAUUACUAAAUAGUUGCAUCCAGACGGAAGGGUAACACGGAUGUAAUACAUAAGUCACGCCUACAGCCAUUAAAAAAAAAAAAAACCUUCUCAGGGCACCCGUGUGGAUGCCAGGAUGAAACCAGACUCAGAAGUAAUUCCACGACAGACAAUAUGGGUGGUCAGGUGGUUCCCUCUGUGUUUACAGCGCCACACGUAGGCAUGACUUGUGUAUUACAUCCUUUUCAUCCGGUCAUCAAUUCCUAUCUGGAUGGGAUGACCAUUUAUGAUUUAUAAUCCGUUGGCUUUUUUUGGUUCAUGUUCAGGAAUAGGAGCCACGUCGGAGAAAGACGCAAACUGCAAACUUUGAAAUGGGCCACAGAGCCACCAAAGUGGAUCAUUGUACCUUUUCUUCAUCUGAAGUGAUGUGAUGCAAUUGAAAAAACUCCAAACAACAUAAGCAACUUUGAUCAAAGUCAUCAUACACGUGUUAUCUAAAAGUCCAAAUAGUCAAAGAGAUAAAAGAUGAAUUAGAAGCUGUGAUAUAAAGAGGCUAACAAAUCCCUACAUCCCAUUAAAAUGUGUUUAUAAAUCCAAAAUACAUUUUGAUGAUAGAAAAAGAUGAGAAAGAGAAA